UGCGACUCAGCGCAACGAACGCGACACAAUAAUCAGUUGUGCACGAGACUUUUAACGUGCCGAGGCGUCGUUCUCCUCUUAAUGGAGCCACGACAAUCAGUGAGAGGAAAAUAUAAUAUUUUUUCCUCUCGGAACCGGGAAAAUUGGAGUAAAAGUUUCGUUGAAAAACUCAUUGGAUAGUCGGGGUUGGAGCAUAGCGUGCGGCUACUCCACUUGUAACACAUCGUUUUUUCAUAAAGCAACUACUACCGCUGAAUUAAAUGUUAUUGCUGUGGGAUAUAUCGUGAACAGGAAGGCCUCAAAGUUGUCGAGGCUGACGUCACGCUCUUUCUUUUCUCUCGUGAGUGCUUUUUUUUUCACUCGGUUUUCGCUUCCACCGGCGAAUUGUGCGGGUCUUGUGAAUUGAAUGAAACACAAGUUGCUGAAUUUAUGAGGGUUCCGGGAAUAAUGGGAGGAUGGAGACAAUGGGGACACUUGUGAUAUCUUAGCCUUGAUUAGGGGCAAUGGUGCACCUCCCUUAGCGCCUGGAUAUGGUAACUAUGAGCUCCGAAAAGUCCGCCAACCGGCGUAAACCCAUUGACAGCGACGGUAGUUGUUCAAAAAAUACCAAUGAACAACACAAUGCCAGUGGUAAAGGUAGAAUUGGUACGACCUCCAAGAGAAAGGAGGAAACGACGACGACGGAUGCCGUCAAAAGUGGAGUUGCCGUCGAUAGGCCAAAAUCGACAGCAACAUGCGCCGAAGACAGUCCUAACUACGUUGUAUACAAGAAGAUGGAAUCUAUAGUCGAAAAAAUGUUGGACGAGACUAAUGGUGUCCCAGUGAGAACUGCCAAGACAUUUAUGACGAAGAUUCCUUCGGUUUUUACGGGUACAGACUUGAUAGCCUGGAUGAUGAAGAACAUGGACAUUGACGAUCAAGAGGCUCUACGUGUAGCUCAUUUGAUGGCCUCCCAUGGCUACUUUUUUCCCAUCGACGAUCACUGCCUCACUGUAAAGAAUGACAACACUUUUUAUCGAUUUCAAACGCCCUACUUUUGGCCAUCAAAUUGUUGGGAGCCAGAGAAUACCGAUUACGCUGUUUACCUGUGUAAGCGCACAAUGCAGAACAAGACACGCUUGGAAUUGGCUGACUACGAAGCAGAGAAUCUCGCAAGACUGCAGAAGAUGUUUUCACGCAAGUGGGAAUUUAUUUUUAUGCAAGCAGAGGCGCAGAGUAAAGUUGAUAAGAAACGUGAUAAAUUGGAGAGAAAGGUCCUCGAUAGCCAGGAGCGAGCAUUCUGGGAUGUGCACAGGCCUAUGCCGGGCUGUGUUAACACAACGGAAUUGGAUAUAAAGAAAGCAUGCAGAACAAACAAACCAAUGGUAAAAGGCAGUAAACAUCUGCAACUGGGUGUUGCCGGUGGAAGAAUAUCACCAACUCACGCUGAUGCGGAUAUUACAGCAUCGAGUGAGAGUAUACAAAGGGAAAUAGACAUGCUUAAACAACGACUCGACAGAAGAAACAUCAAGGUCUCCAAAGUUGCUGAGGCUUUGAUUGGAUACUUCGAACAAUACGUCGAGUAUGAUCCAUUGUUUACACAGCCGGAGUUCAGUAAUCCGUGGAUAUCGGAUAGUACGGAAUUGUGGGAACAGGAGAAAAUUGCAAAAGACAUCUCGGCGAGGAGAGUCAAACGAUGGGGCUUUAGCCUGCAGGAGCUUCUCCAGGAUCCCAUUGGAAAGGAGCAAUUUGUCAAGUUUUUGGAGAUGGAAUACUCCAGUGAAAACCUCAAGUUCUGGGAGGCCGUACAAAAUUUGAAAACACUACCUCAACGUGACGUUCAGGCUAAGGUAGACGAAAUAUGGAAUGAAUACUUGAGACCAGACGCUAGCUGUCCAAUAAACGUGGACUCACGAUCCUUUGAGCUUACUAAGAGGAAUUUAGAGAAGCCAGAUCGUUGGAGUUUCGACGUCGCCGCCACUCAUGUUUAUCAUCUCAUGAAGACUGACAGCUAUGCGCGUUAUCUGCGGUCAGAAAUGUACAGAGAUUUUCUAAAUGGAUCUAAGAAGAAGGCGUCUGUUAAAGGGAUUCGUAGCAUUGUACCAUUUGCUGGGAGGAAGGAUAAUGUAGUACCGUAAGGGGAUCACUGGAGAAAUUCAAUUUUUGGUGUCUGAUAGAAACUUCAAUUCAGCCUGUAUUUUAUGGUGCAAAUUAUUAAAUGUAUAUAAAACAAUGAAGAAAUGAUUAGGUGUAAGAAGAAUCAUGAUAAAAUUUAGCAUCGUUGAUAAUAGUUCAGGUGAUUAUUAUUAUUUUUUGUCACUGUGCAAUGAGCCACUGAAUAAUUGAAAUGAUUAAAAAGAUAUUCUCAAUGGGCAGUAAUUCACUCGUCAUUACGCAAACGUGUUCCAUAAUCUUUAGAAUAAUGUGUAGGUGAACACGAAAGGAGAAUUAAUGAAUGAAUUGCCCACAACUAUCAGUAGCCAAAAUGUGAAUUGAGAGAUUGACGAGAGGACUGUGUGUCCAAAUUUUGUAAAUAGCUCAUUUGUUUGUGUUCAAACAAAAAUGAAAAAGAUUUAGAUAUUUCUGUUAAUUUACUAAUGAAUUAAUGAAAAUUUCAAUGCCAUGGGAAUUCAAAAAUUUUGCAAGUGAACGUAAUUGUUAAAUUCUACAUAAUUUCCAAGUGCUUUUCCAAAAGGUGCGUAACUACGUUAUUUCGCGAUGUAAAUGGCUGUAUGUGUAUAGAGAUUGGAAUUAUAGAUUUGA